UUGGACUCGUAUCGUGCCGUUCGUGGCUUUUUAUCGCACCCACCGCACCACGCUCACUUUGAUAGCUUAUCGUGCUUCGCCGAAACGCUUCGUUUGUAAACAACGCUGAGCCGAGUGGGGGAGAGCGAGCGUCGGUAAAGCAGAGCUCGCGCGUGGUUGAGAGCGAGUGAGCGAGCGAAGCUCGUGUGAACUUGAGUCAAUCAUAAAAGCAUAAAGGUUUUUAAGGUGAUUCGUCAGUUUCAAUUACGAGAGGGUGAGAGAGCGAGCAGGAAGGUGCGAAUGCAGCGUGGUCGUUUGCAUACCGAUUAAGUGACACUGUGACGAAGGAGGAAACGAGAUAGAGUGUGAGUGAGCGUGAGAGCGAGAGCGCGGGAGCCGAAAAAACCGAGAGCAAUGUGAUCAAACAAGGUGCAAAGCAGGGCAAAUUGUGUUGUUUGAAAUCGAAACCCUAAGGUGGCGGUCGCCAGCAUAAUCCCCGUGAACCGUGUUUCGGCUUUUGGCUUUUUGCAUGCAAUUGAGAGCAUAACGAGCGCUCGUGGUUGUCGGUCGUGUUCUGGCGUGAGGAAGCUCGUUAGGACGCACGCCGUUUCUGACGUCGUCAGUCUGUUGUGGGACUCCGGUAGUGUCGCGCGCUUUUUUCGUAAGACUUCUUCACAGACUUGGGCUUGCAAGUGUUGAACAACCAUCAGGUGGUUUUCUCAACCCUCAAGUGUCGUUUUCAAGUGUAACCGUGUGUGUUCGUGCUUAAUUAAUCAAGUGUCCACCAACCAGAAAACAACCCACCAAGUGUCCAACAAAAAUUUGCCACCAUUUUUCCGUUCGACAUCUUCAACCUGUACUCCGCCGAUCUGGAGCAACGGAGCAGCUCGUUGAGCCUGGAGGCGAACUGCCUUAAAAGGCGAAAAUGUAACAGCGACAUGGACCGGGAACGUGACCGCGAUCGUGACCGUUCGGACCGCACUCCGGGAGGUGGCGGCGGUGGAGGUGGUGGAGGAGGUGGCGGUGGCGGUGGCCCCGAUCGGGACGUGAAGCCCCCGAUGGAGCCCCGGGACCUGUCGGCGACGCGGCUCUUCUCGGCAACGCAGAUCAAAAUUAGCACGUCACCCACCACAUCGCCGACCAUCUCGAACUCCUCGUCGCCGACGCCGACGCCACCCAUUCCGGCCGUUUCGCCGGCGGUUUCGGGCGUGGGCAGCGGCGGCGGCGGCUAUCACCACUCGAACCACAAGCAGAUCACGGGCAUCCCGUGCGUGGCCGCGGCCUCCAAGUACACGGCGCCGGUGCACAUCGACGUCGGCGGAACGAUUUACACCAGCUCGCUGGAGACGCUGACAAAAUACCCCGACUCACGGCUCGCCAAGCUCUUCAACGGGUGCAUCCCGAUCGUACUGGACUCGCUGAAGCAGCACUACUUUAUUGACCGCGACGGUGGCAUGUUCCGACACAUUCUCAACUUUAUGCGCAACUCGAAGCUGCUGGUGUCGGACGACUUCCCCAAUCUGGACCUGCUGCUCGAGGAGGCCCGCUAUUUCGAUAUUGUUCCUAUGAUCAAGCAGAUCGAGCAGAUAAAAAAGGAACGAACCCGCAGCGGGAAUGGGCUGGCCCCGUUUGGCGGAGGCAGCAGCCGGUUCCGGAGCAAAUCUUCGUCGCCCCACGAUGCCAACCACGACGUCGUGGCGCUGCACAUUUCGCCCGACCUUGGCGAACGGAUUCUGAUCUCGGCCGAGCGGGCCAUCCUGGACGAGGUCUUUCCCGAGACGAAUCAGGCCAUCCUGGACGCACGUACCGGGGCCGCUUGGAACCAGUUUGACGGCCGGCAGGUGAUCCGGUUCCCGCUCAACGGCUACUGCAAGCUCAACUCCAUCCAGGUUCUGACCCGGCUGCUGAACGCGGGCUUCUCCGUCGAGGCCAGCACCGGCGGAGGCGUCGAGACGCAGCAGUUCUCCGAGUAUCUACUAAUCCGUAAGAGUUCAAUGUGAUAAACUAUUUGUAGAGCAGCGUUGGAGCCGCCAUUGCUGGCCGCCACCAGGACAGGACAGGAUCGUACGUGUUUUAGCCAACUUUUAGCGAGCAGCGCUUAUUUUUAUUUAUUCUAUACGCUCAUGAGAGAUGCGUCCAAUGAGACGCGACAUAAUUGACGACGGAAAAUGAACUAUGUCCAUUUUAAUGUAGCAUCAAGUAAGUGAAACACAGAAAAAAAACAAGAUAAAAGAAAUACUAAGGAAAUUUAUCGCUUAAGGUUCAUCUUAAACUAUUACACGUGAAUUAAAAAAAAAGCAAAACAAAAGCAUCUAAUUGAAAAUUAGUGUAAUUAGAAAAUUCGAGCUGAAUGAAACGUAAAAAUGUAAUCAUAAACAUACACACACACAGACACUUUAUGUUACCUCCUGUAAGUAAGUGACAUUGGAACAAAACUAAUAAAAAAAUCUCCGACUCUUA